AUGGUCCAAACCUACAAGCUCUUCGGCGCCAAUGUCGGCUCGCACUACCUGGCGAUGGGUGUCCUGGGUACAUUGUUCGUGGGAUCAUACGCCGCUAUGGGUGGCAGCAAGGCCAAGCCCGCGACUCCCCCGAUCAACGCUUCCAGCUCCGACGAGGCCGACUUCAUCAAGUGCGCCCAUAUACCCCCGGCCGUCCAUAUGGUUAUUUCUCUGACAUGA